GCGAGCGGGCACUGAUUGGGCCGUUUGAACAGCGCCUGGCGGGAGCGCAUCGGAACUCGCAGCGGCUCCGCGGGCCUUUCCGGAGCGCUGCGACCUAGCUGCCGAGUGCGGUGCCCUCUUCACCUGGCCGAGCCCCGCGUCCCUGGCGUGUGGGGCGCAAGAAACCUGGUACCAUGGAGGCAGCGAGAGGGAAGACACCUAAGAAACCAGCAGUGAAGAAAGGGUUCCCGAGGAACCUCAAAGAGCCAGUUGGGGUGUACUGCAGGGUGCGGCCCCUGAGCUUCCCUGACCAAGAGUGCAGCUGCAUUGAGGUCAUCAGCAGCACCACAGUGCAGUUUCACCCUCCCGAGGGCUACUACAAAGUAAACCGGACUGGGAACGACAAGGAGACUCAGUACUCCUUUAAGCAAGUGUUCGGCUCUUACACCACCCAGCAGGAGCUUUUUGAUACUGUGGCGAAGCCCUUAGUGGAUGACCUCAUUCAUGGCAAAAAUGGUCUGCUCUUUACGUAUGGCGUGACGGGAAGUGGGAAAACGCACACCAUGACGGGGUCUCCGGGGGAAGCAGGGCUGCUUCCACGGUGCUUAAAGAUGAUCUUCAACAGCAUAGGUCCAUAUCAGGCCAAACGCUAUGUUUUUAAAUCUAAUGAUAGGAAUAGCAUGGAGAUUCAGUGUGAGGUGGAUGCCUUAUUAGAACGGCAGAAACGAGAAGCCACACCCAACCCCAAGACCCCGUCCGCCAAGCGACAAGUAGAUCCAGACUUUGCAGAUAUAAUAAAUGUCCAAGAAUGUUGCAAAGUAGAUCAGGUGGAUGAAGACUGCGUCUACGGUGUAUUCGUCUCUUACAUUGAAAUAUAUAAUAAUUACAUUUAUGAUCUCCUGGAGGAGGUGCCAUUUGAUCCAAUAAAGACCAGGCUGCCUCAAUCUAAGAUUCUGCGUGAAGACAAGAACCACAACAUGUAUGUUGCAGGAUGCACUCAGGUGGAAGUGAAAUCUACUGAGGAGGCUUUUGAAGUCUUCUGGAGAGGUCAGACCAAAAGACGCAUUGCUAACACACACUUGAACCAGGAGUCCAGCCGUUCCCACAGUGUGUUCAACAUUAAGCUGGUGAAGGCUCCGCUGGAUGCAGACGGGGACAACGUCCUGCAGGAAAAAGAACACAUCAUGGUAAGCCAGCUGUUCUUGGUAGAUCUUGCUGGCAGUGAAAGAACUAACCGGACCAAAGCAGAAGGGAACAGACUGCGGGAAGCAGGUAACAUUAAUCAGUCACUGAUGAAGCUAAGAACGUGUAUGGAGAUCCUGAGAGAGAACCAGAUGUACGGAAUGAACAAGAUGGUUCCGUAUCGAGAUUCAAAGUUAACCCAUCUGUUCAAGAACUAUUUUGAUGGAGAAGGAAAAGUACGUAUGAUCGUGUGUGUGAAUCCAAAGACCACUGACUACGAAGAAAACCUGCAAGUGAUGAGAUUUGCAGAAGUGACCCAAGAGGUGGAAGUCACCAGAGCGGUAGACAAGACCACAUACGGCUUACUGUCCGGGAGACGAUUCAGAAACCAGAUACGAGGAGGCCUAAUUGGAGACGAAGCUUUGGUCAGCGAGGUGGGUCUACAGAGUUUUCCACCUUUGCCGCUGUGUGAGAUUUUGGACAUCAAUGAUGAGCAGACCCUCCCAAGACUGAUCGAGAGCUUGGAGAAGCGACAUCAGCUGCGACAAAUGAUGACCGAUGAGUUUACCAGACAAGCUAAUGCUUUCAGUGCUUUGUUACAAGAAUUUGAAAAUGCUGUUAGAAAUAAAGAAAACUAUAGUCAAGGACAACUAAGUGAAAAAGAAAGGCUGAUUUCAGGACAGAAUUUGGAAAUCGAACGGCUGGAAAAGAAGAACAAGACACUGGAACACAAGGUUGAGAUUUUAGAGAAAACCGCUUCUAUCUAUGAAAAAGACAAGCGGAAUCUGCAACAAGAACUUGAAACCCAGAAUCAGCAACUUCAGCGACACAUUUCCGAGCAGUGCAGGCUGGAAACCAGGUUACAAGGCAUGGUGGCCGAAAUGACCACGAAGUGGCAGAAAGAAUGCGACCGUCGCGUGGCAGCCACACAGCUUGAAAUGCAAAACCAGCUCUGGGUCAAGGAUGAAAAACUGAAACAGCUGAAAGCUAUUGUUACUGAGCCCAAAAUGGAGAAACCACAGAGACCCUCUCGGGAGCGGGACCGGGUCCAAGACAAGGCCGCUCGCAGAUCGGCUUCUGCAUCGCCGGCCCUCGCUAGUAACUAUAUCGCUCAGAUUGCCAACGGCCAGCAACUCCUGAGUCAGCCACAGCUGCGUAGGCGCUCCAGCUCUUGGAGCAGUAUUUCUGUGGCUUCCUGUGUAUCGGAAUGGGAGCAGAAAAUUCCUGCGUUCGGCACACCUGGCAAUGUCACAUCUAUUGUGAGGCGUAGGCAGCAGGAGCCAGAACAAAGUAAAACUUGUUUGAUGUCAGACAGAAGGCGAGGGAUGUACUGGACGGAAGGCAGGGAGGUGGUUCCUACGUUCAGGAACGAGAUAGACGCCCAGGAGGAUCCGUGCUGCAGGAACGCACCACCCAUUGGGGUCCGACGCAGACGAUCCCGCUCUGCAGGGGAGCGAUGGGUAGAUCAUAAGCCCGCCUCUAACGUGCACAACGAGACAGUCAUGCAGCCACAGGUGGCCCGUGCCAUCACGGUGUCUGUUCCCAGUGAAAAGGCGCUAGCUAAGUGUGAGAAGUACAUGCUGACCCACCAGGAACUAGCCUCCGAUGGGGAGAUUGAGACUAAGCUAAUUAAGGGUGAUGUGUAUAAAACAAGGGGUGGCGGCCAAGCUGUUCAGUUUACUGGUAUCGAGACCUUAAAACAACAGUCACCAGGCGGAUGCACGCAUAGCCGUGGCGUCCUGUUGCUUUUCAGCAAUCGAAAGCGAAGUUUGUCAGCGGCAGCAGCGCUUGCUCAACCGGAUGGCCUGGAGUCUGAACUGACCGACGUAGAGACACGGUGCUCCAUGGCUGUGGAGAUGAGAGCAGGCUCUCAGCUGGGACCGGGGUACCAGCACCACGCACAACCCAAGCGCAAGAAACCAUGAACUCCCUAUCCCAGCAGCAAAAGAAUGUUGUCUUUGUGUUGAUUUCUCUAGCGACGUGCAGAUGCUGUCUUCUGGGUUGUCUUGUGCAGCAUGGUGGGCCUUGGUGACAUCAGAUACUGACCCAGAAUCAGCGUCUUUCACGGUUCCAAAUCCAGGAUCCAGAGGCUCUGUGUUUUAUAGCUCUUGCUGUAUUUAAUAUUACUAGCAGAGGAAUUCUUCCUCCUUUUUUAUAUAUAUAUAUAUAUAUAUAUGUAUAUGUAUGAACUAUUUUUGUAAUGCUCUUUUGUAUAUUUUUGUACACUUACAGCUCUGGUAUUUUAAGCAGGUGUUCAUCUUGGCAGUUAAGGAAGCACAUAUUAUAUCUAGAACACACCUCACUUUUUAUUGUCUUUCCCAGCUCUUGUCUGAGUAUCUCUCAAAUGCUGCUAUCGAUUAGUUGCAAAAAUGCACUUUAGACAUAUCUGACAAGUGAGACUUGCAAGAUAAGGACAUCGGGAUGGGGCCAAUGAUAAAAGCCUUGUAGGAAGUUGGUGAGAAGUGUGUGUGUAAACAUUGUUUGUGAUACUUACAUACACCAAGAGAACUGAAAUAAAAAGCACUGGUAAAAAAGUGA